CUGGGAGUAAUGUCGAGUUUGAAGUCGCUGCUAGUUCGUCUGUCUCUCUCUUCUAUAAUCGCGUAAAUUUCUGCCAGUAGAAGUACAUCAUAGCGACCUGCAACGAUAAAGGACAUUGGCUUAUUGAUAAAACUGUAGCACCCUGUCAAAAUAUGCUUAUCUAUAUGCAUGUGUUCCGUCCGAAAACAACUGAAACGGGCGGUUAUCUUCAUUUCAUUUGCACACUUUGGGCUUUUGUACAGGUGUGUGAUGCAUUAAGCCAGCCGGUCUGUGACGAAUUUAUCGAAUUCAAACAAAGUGUUGGUGAAAACGCCUGGAAAUGUGUCCCCUGCACCAGAUGUGCUCCAGGGUAUUAUUUCAGCGCCGAAUUGGGCAUUUGUGUGAGGAAUUCCUCCAUUCGGCAUACUGCUGUAAAGACCACGGUUAAAGCAUUCCUCAGGCAACCAAAAUCUCAAGUAUCGGGUUUUAUCAAUGAGACAAGCAAGCCAAAAUCUGAAUCUUCGGGUUUGAUCUCUAAUGCUGUAAUCGACAAGCCAGAAGCAAAGGACGUCAAGGUGAACGAGCGUGUCCCACACGUGGUAACUAUUGACUCUCCCAAUAGGAUAGAGAUUGCAACACUCAUUAUGAAAAAACUAAAACUGAACUCAGUAGAUUUCUUAGACUCGGAGUAUUUCAUGCAUGACCAAGAAAGGCCGUCAAGAAGAAGUGACAGGCAUCUUCCACGCUCGCCCCAGUCAGAGAAGAGAACCUCUGAUGAUGAUGACAGCACAGAUAUUAUUGUAACAGAGAUCCAACCACCACUAGGACAAUGUCAUUUACAUUUAUGCCAAUAA